GGCACGCUCACACGCCGCACACACCCACAGCAAGCAGGUUUUAUUGUGGUCCAGCAGGUUAUCGGGUUGUUUAAAGCUGUUUGCUACCUUUUGUAUACCUAUGUCCGUAUUCUGCCAUAAUACUAUCUGGUAUCAGCUAAGCAGCAGGUUUAAUAUGGUUUUGAAGCCUUUCCUUUGAGUUAUUAGAUAGUCCACAGUACAGAGCAGCAUACCAGAGGGGAUGAAAGUCACUGAGCCUGGUAAUACCUAACACAGCAUGUGCCCUCGCUCAACUGCAAUACACAGGGCUUUAAAGUCUCCAGGGAUGGCGAGAGAAGAGGAUGACUCACUUGACCUAACGCACCUGACCGAGGAGGAGCAGGCCACCAUUUUGGAAGUAUUGCAGCGUGACUUGGAUUUGCGUCGCCGGGAUGAGGGCCGUGUAAGGACGCUGCAGCAGACAGAGUCAGACCCGGCACGUCUGCGGUCUCUUUCGGGGGCCUGGUUCAGUGAGGAGCGCAGCAAACGCUUUCGCAACCGCAGGCUGAGCUGUGACCUCGUCCAUGCCACCAUAUGCCACAGGAGGACAAGAGGCAAAGAUGUGCCCCUGACCGGACUGUUCAAUGGACCGCCAGAGGAAACGUCACCCACCAACUCCUACAAGAGACCCUCCUCUCCUCAAGCGGAGAAAAUACUUGAAAAGAGCAAGGAGGAGGAGAGAGGAGGUAGCCUGGAACCCGUCAAACCUAUGCCCACACCAAGGACAAAAAGCCCUUUAAAGCAGCGGCUUCAGGACACAAACAGUGUCUCCUCAUCCACAGAGUGCGUAAGCAGGAGUAAUGGCCACCUGGAGGAAACAGAGGGAGACUCUGAUGGUCACAAUGGGGACACUGAGUCUUUUUCCAGCAGUGUGACAGAGCCGGAUCCAACUUCCCUGAAAACCAGCAGCUCUAUCAGCAGUCUUCACUCCAGCUACACGCUCAGUGGAAGCAUGAUGAGUUUGUUCAGCACAGGGGAGUUUGAUGCAGUGGAAGUGAGCGGUCGUAUCCAGUUCUCAUUGCUUUAUGACACCCACAAGGAGGAACUACUAGUCAGGGUGCUUCGCUGCGAGGACCUCGCCACAGCACGCAAAAACCGCUCCGACCCAUAUGUAAAAACCUAUCUGUUGCCAGACAAGUCUAGUCACAGUAAGAAGAAAACCUCAGUGAAGAAGAAGACGCUAAACCCCGUCUACGAUCAAACCCUGCGGUAUAAAGUGCACAUCAGGGAGCUGCGGAGUCGGACCUUGAACCUAUCUGUGUGGCACGCCGAGGCCCUGGGGAGGAAUGUGUUCCUGGGCGAGGUGGAGGUGGUUCUCGCCCUCUGGGACUGGACGACCACACAGCCAAUGUGGCAUGACCUGCAGCCGCGGGUUCACAUAAGUCCAGAUUCUAUUAGUAGCCGCGGGAUGAUCUCGCUCUCUAUUAAGUUCAUCCCAGAGGGAUCCGAGGGUGCAGGCUUGCCUCUGACCGGAGAGCUCCAUAUUUGGCUUCGCGAGGCACAAGGUCUCCUGUCCAGCAAAGGCGGAGCUGUAGACUCCUUUGUCAAAAGCUACAUCCUGCCGGAUGCCAGUCGGCAGAGCGGUCAGAAGACACGGGUGGUGAAGCGCUCCAUCAACCCGGCCUACAACCACACCAUGGUGUACGACGGCUUCCACACCAGCGACCUGAGAGAGGCCUGCGCUGAGCUGACCGUCUGGCAGCGCGAUGGCUUAAAGACACACAUCCUGGGAGGGAUCCGCCUCAGCCCUGGAACUGGUCAGAGCUACGGUGAGGCCGUCAGCUGGAUGGACUCCACAGAAGAUGAGAUUGCUGUGUGGACCUCGAUGAUCAAAAACCCAAACCACUGGAUAGAAACCACACUACCAAUCAGAACUAACAUCACACACCGGUCUGAGUGACACAGCUGCACGCGCAUACACACACACACACACACACACACACACACAUACAUACACAGUUAAUGGAAUGGACUGAACAGACACCAUGAACAUAUCAGAAUAAUUAACCUCUCUUUCACAGUGACACCCUCUGUCUCUGACUCUGUCAUUCACACACACACACACACACACACACACACACACACACACACACACACACACACACACACACACACACACACACACACAUUUUUUAGAGGGUAGGGGUGUAAUGUUGUGAAUUAAGGGCACAGAUCAGAUAUAUAAUAUUUAGUUUUGAAACCAAAUCCAGUGUCUGCAUUUCAAAUGUUUUCCCUGUAUGUAUCAAUGUAGUCCAGUGUCCUAGCUGCCAGAGGUGCCUUGGUAAUCUCACUGUACUAUGGUAAAUAAACACUCACUCAGGA